AUGUUAAAACUUUCAUUUACAGCCAUUUGUAUUGAAGCCUGUGCUAAUGCGGCGGCGGUGCAACUGUAUCAAGAAAGAUCCAAGAUUGCAGUUCUCCAACAGCAAAUUCAAUCCUUGCAGGAUCAACUGAAUGAUUUGACUCAGAAAAGUGAGUCUGAGAAGCAGAUUCUGGAAGAGAGAAACAACGAAAUUAUCAAUCUAAAACAAAGAGUAAAUGAAGUGAUCAAGGAAAAUAAUGACAUGUUGACAAUGUUCAAUAAUGAAGUUCUCAGACUCAAAAAUGAAUUAGGAAAAGAAAUUGAAAAAUAUGAUUUAUUGAACAAGACCUUGAGUGAAGAAAAACACGCCAAAGAUGAACUUGUAAAAGAGAAAAACGAUUUGUCAGAGGAAAUUCAAUCUAUUAAACAAAAUCUCGAAGAUGUUAAUGUGGCAAAUAAUCAUCUGCAAAAGGAAAUAAAUCUUUUGUCUUUAGAAAAACAGUCGCUUUUCACUUCAUUGCAAGAAACUAAAGCUGCCCAUGAGGAAAUUCUGGCGGAGAAGGAUACUUUAACGAAUUCAAUGGCAAAAUUAGAAGAACAAAUUGAAAAACAAUUACAGGAUAUUUCUGAUCUAAAACAAAGAAUGAAUGAAGAGAUCAAAGAAAGGAAUGACAUGGCAACAAAGUAUAAUAAUGAAAUGAGCAGACUCAAUAAUGAACUAGAAAAAGAAAAUGAAAAAUAUGUUACAUUAAACAAGACUCUCAAUGAAGAAAAACACGCUAAAGAUGAACUCCUGAAAGAGAAAAAUAUUUUGUCCGAGAAAAUUGAGUACAUCAAACAAAAUCUCGAUGAAGCCAAAGUGGCAAAUGAUCAUCUCCAAAAGGAAAUAAAUUUUGUGUCUAUAGAAAAACAGUCUCUUUUCACUUCCCUUCAAGAAACUAAAGCUGCAUAUGAAGAAAUAAUGACGGAAAAGGAAACUCUCUUGGUUUCAAUUGUAGAAUUAAAAGAACUCAAUGAAAAACAAGCAGUGGAAAAUUCCGAUCUGAAACAAAAAAUACAUGAAGAGAUCAAAGAAAAGAAUGACAUGUCGAUAAAAUUGCAAAAUGAAGUUCUGAGACUUACAAAGGAAUUAGAAAAAGAAAAUAAAAAAUAUAUUAGAUUGAACAAAACUUUGAGUGAAGAAAAACACGCUAAAGAUGAACUCUUAAAAGAGAAAGAUACUAUGUCUAUGGAAAUGGUUUCUACCAAACAAGAUUUAGAAGCAGCUAAAGUGGCAGGUGAUCAUCUACAAAAUGAAAUAAAUCUUAUUAGCAUAGAAAAAGAGUCGCUUCUCAAUUCUUUACAAGAAACGAAAGCCGCCUAUGAAGAAAUACUAAUGGAGAAGGAAGCUCUCUCUAUUUCAAUUGCAAAAAUAAAAGAACAAAAUGAGCAUCAAAUACAAGAAAUCGUAAAAGAGAAAGGUGACUUGUCUGAUAAAAUGGAAUCUUUUAAAAAAGAUCUAGAAGAAGCUAGAGUAACAAAUGAACAUCUUCGACAUGAAAUAAAUCUUAUGUCUACAGAAAAACAGUCGCUUUUCACUUCUUUGCAAGAAACUAAAGCUACCCGUGAUGAUGUAUUGAAGGAAAAGGAAACUCUCUCGAAUUCAAUUGCAAAAUUAAAAGAACAAAAUGAACAACAAUUAGUAGAAAUCGUAAAAGAGAAAGAUGGUUUGUAUUUAGAAAUUGAAUCUAUGAAACAAAAUCUAGAAGAAGCUAAAGUGACAAGUGAUCAUCUACGAAAUGAAAUAAAUCUCAAUGCAAUAGAAAAAGAGUCGCUUCUCAAUUCUUUACAAGAAACGAAAACCGCCUAUGAAGAAAUACUGACAGAAAAAGAAACCAUCCUGAAUUUAAAUGCAAAAAUAGAAGAACAGAACGUAAAACAAUCGUUGGAAAUUUCCGAUCUGAAACUAAAAAUUAAUGAAGAAAUCAAAAAAAAGAAUGACUUGUCAACAAAGUAUAACAAUGAUGUGCUGAGACUCAAUAAUGAAUUAAGUGAAGAAAAACUAGCUAAAGAUGAACUCGUAAAAGAGAAAGAUAUUUUGUCUUCGGAAAUAAAAGCUGUCAAACAAGAUCUAGAAGAAUCCAAAAUGGCAAAUGAUCACCUUCGAAAGGAAACGAAUCUCAUUAAUAUAGAAAAAGAGGCGCUUCUCAAUUCUUUACAAGAAACUAAAGCAGUCUAUGAAGAAAUACAGACAGAGAAAGAACAAAAACUAGAAGAAAUCAUAAAAGAGAAAGAUAACUUAUCUGUGACAAUUGAAAUUGUCAAACAAGAUUUAGAAGAAGCUAAAGCGGCAACUGACCAUCUUCGAAAUGAAAUAAAUCUUAUUAAUAUAGAAAAAGAGUCUCUUCUUAAUUCGUUACAGGAAACUAAAGCUGCCCACGAAGAAAUACUGACGGAGAAAGAAAUUCUCGAGUAUUCAGUAGUAAAGAUAAAAGAACAAAGUGAAAAACAGUUAGUGCAACUAAAAGAAAAACUUGACACAAUUAAUACAGAGUUUGCGAAUGUAAAGACAGAAAAAGACAGAUAUGAAGAAAUGCAUGACCGGAUGUCAACCAUCCUACUGAAUGGCGUAGACAAACUAUUGAAUAAUCUAAGAAAAGAGAAUGUCACUAAUGAGACUCUUAAAAAGCUGAUCAGCGUAGAAUCUACCGUGGCAUUGAGCAUGAACGAAAGGUGCAAUCUUGCUAUAAAUAUAGCGGAAACUUUAACAACUGAACUGGCUCUGAGAAAGAAUCUAGAAAUGGCUCUAGAGCAUGAAAACACGGCGUUGAGUGAAAUGAGACAGAUGUUGGGUCAGAAGGACAUUAAAGUGCUGGAGUUGCAGACGGAAGUCAACAGACUGCAGCAGAUCAUCAAUGAUAGCAAAAUUGAAAUGUCAAAGCAGAAAGAGUUAUACGUAACCUCUAUAGACACAAGAAACAGAGACAUACAGACACUAGAAAAAGAAAACGAGUCGCUCUCAAACGAACUCAACGACGUGAAAACGCAGCUGGAAAUAAAAGUACAUUCUCUGAAAGAGAAGUUAAUUGACAACGAACAUUUGACCGAUAAGCUGAAGAAAACUUACGAGUGUCAGAUUGAGAAUUUAAACGUUAUGGUGGCAAAAUUGACGAACUAUUUGAAGGACAAGACGAUCGAGUUGGAAGCGUUGCGGAAGGAUAAAGAGAAAUUGCAAGAAGCAGUCAAUGAUAGCAGCAAAGUUAUAAAAUCGCUCGAGGAGGAAGUUAAAGUUGAAAAACAUAAUCAAGAAAAAUUACUUGGAGAAUUUGAAUCGGAAAGACUAGUUCUCAAAAACAUGGUCACUGUCACCGAGUCAGUCAUGGAAGACCAGAAACUUAGCUUGAACAAUGUUAUUGCUGAACAUGUUAAAGUUAAUGACAUGUUAAAAGAAGAAAACAAAGCAUUAAAAGAAGAAUUAGAAUCUAAAAUAAAGAAUACUAAAGUAAAACUUCAAGAAAAGGAGACUUUAUUCGAAAAUGCUCUAAAAGAAUUGACAGAAAUGAAAAUUGCGAAAGAGAGUAAUAUAAAAGAAUUUGAACAUGCAAAGGAUCAGUUAGUAAGUGAAAUCACAACGUUGAAAAAAGAGCUUACUUUGAAAGUAUCUCAAGUAGAAAUAUUGGAAUUGAAGAACAAGGAAAUGACUCAAGUUGUGGAACAAUGUAAAAGUGAAAUUGAUAACAUGAAAAAAGACAAAGACGAAUUAAAAAUUAAAAUGGACUUACAACAAACAGAAAUGGUGAAUAAAGUUGACAAAUUAACUAAAACAAAUGACGAACAAACUGAACUCAACAAGAAACUCGAACAAGAGGUUGAAGAAGAACGUCACAAAAAUAUAGCAGCAGAAGAAAGGGUUAAAGAGCUGUCUGAUCAACUAAAUGAACUUACUGUCACUAACGACAAUCUAAGACGAGAAAAAAUGUAUUAUCUCAACAAAGCAGAAGAAUUUAAUACUGAAUUCGAUACAGUUGCAGAUUCGUUGAAUGAGGAAAUUAAAAAAUUACGUGUUGAAAAUACAAACUUGAAGACAACUGUGGAAGAAAAUCAAAUCGUGAUCACAAGACUAGAGCAGUCAGUAAAGCUAGAGAAAGAACAAAACAAUGAAUUACGACUGGGCAAUGACAACGAAAGGCUAAAUUUAGAUAACAAGUGCUCACUACUACAAGAAUAUCAACUGAAAGCAGAAAGGCAGAUGGAAGACCAACAAAAAGACAUCUCCAUGUUGCACAAAGAAAUUAACACGUUAAAAACUAUCGCAGAACUACAACAAAAAGACUUGAAAGAGAAAUGUGACAUAAUUCAAGAAAAGGAUGAACAAAUAAACAACAUCAAUAAAGAUUUGGUCGAAAUGAAAGCCGCUAAAGAAAAAAAUCAAGCAGAAUUGGAAUCCAAAAUUACUGAAGUCAGUUACUUGAAGCAGAAGAUGACUAACGAUGAUGUUCAAAGGGCUUUGAGAAGCGAGGAGUGGGUCAAAGCUAUAGGACAGAAAGACACGUUUGCCGUUGCCGUUUCUGAAAAGACCGGAAGUCAUAAAAACUCAUGUAAUAUCGAAAAGGAUUACCGCGAGUUCCACCACCAGGUAGAUAACACCACCUCUGACCUUACUCACUCAUCAAUGGAGAGCAUUAAGACCAUUUCAGAUUUAGAAAGGAUCAUUCACGACAAGAACAGGACUAUCACCGCCCUCCAGAGCGACAUAACAUUCCUCAAGUCGCUCAUCGCAGACUCGGAGAACAAACUAUUGGACGUCACCAAAGAACUAGAAGUCAGCAAGGAGAUCUGUCAGCAGUUGUCAGGGCAGCUCAAGAAAAUAGUCCACCAGAAGAACGAGGAAAUCGCCGAACUCAAAAAGCAAUUGAACAAAAUGAGCGUCACAGAGAAUAGAGCCAGCCAGAUCAUCAAAGUGUCGGCGAAGUACCAGGCGAUCAUACUCAAGAGGAUCGCCGAGAUCAAGUCAAAUACCGUAUUGAAAGAGUUGACCAACUUCGGCAAUUCUGCGAACGGCGACAACGAGCUGCGGCGAAGCUUAAACGCGGGCACCGUCACUAUGGAGGACCUCGAGAAUUUCCUGGAGACCACGGACAAGCAUCUGAAACGGUGCUCCGAGAAGCAGGUCGCCCUACAAAAGGAGAGGGACAGGUUGACCGAAGUAAACCGAAUAAACGAGUCGGAGAUAAUCAACUUGAAGAAGUUUUUGACGGAGUUGUCGGUGAGCUUCAAGACGUUCAGCACAGUGAAGGAACUGUACGCGCAGAAGUUCAGUCGCGUCGUGUCGGUACAGCGGACAGCGAGGCGAGAGGUCCUGAGUCUGGAGGGGCAGAUAAACGACGCGACCAUGUGCAAGCUCGAGAGAGCCUACGCGGCGGCCAUGCAGGACCUGGCCGAGUGCGCCAUGAACAUGGAGCGCUGGGUGGAGAGGUGCAUCGGCCGCACGAUCUCGCCCGAGAAGAUCAAGCAGGCGUUCACCAACGACGAGGACCGCGCGUCCUUCGCGUCGACGACCUUCCAGAACGCCGGCUUGGAAGUGCAACUGGAGGAGCUAGAGAGCUCCUUCCAGAAGCUUCUUGAAGAAGUGGUCCGCGCGCAGAAGGGCGAAGGCUCGCGCGACGCGCAGGCGGCCACGGUGCUGGCGGUGCGUGCGGAGUACGAGGACAAACUCAACCGAAUGAAGGCUAAAAUGAAACAACUGUACCAGGAGCAGAUCGCGGUUUAUAAAGAGAAGCAGCGGGAGGAGGUGAUGAUGCUUGAGCGAGAGUUGGUGAAAACUCGGGAGAAACUCGCCGAGUCGAGCAAGGCGUAUGAAGAGCAUAUUCGGGCGCUGACGACGGAGCUCUGGAGUGUUGGGGAGAAGUUCCUCACGAAGAAGGACGAGGCGGACUGGCUGAGGAAGAAGCAGCGGUCCGGCUCGCUCAUGUCGCUACAGCACGUCCAUUCGUCCGGGCUAGUGCCGGCGCCCCCUGAGCCAUCGCGGCCGUCGGAUACACACUCCCUUCGUUCUCUGCCCGUCCACAACAACACGAAUACCAACAAGCGAGACAAAGAUGGCCGCGGCCUUCACAUGUCUGACGAGGAGGGGGAGGUGUUCGACAACCGCUGGCUCAAGGAGCUCGCCUCCACCCCCCGCGCGUCCCCUCCGCGCGACCCUCGCCGCCUGUCCGAGCUGCGCUGGCGCAACUCACUUUGCCCGCCGCAUCUCAAAAGCUCCUACCCCGCCGAGACUCAGUUCCAGCCCGUGGCCGAUGAGGAAGACAUCAAGGUGAGCGAUUGUGGACUCUCUUUCCUUGGCAGUAAGAGUCGUAUGCGAGUGCAGCCCGUGGCUGAUGAGGAGGACAUCAAGGCAGUAAGACCCCGCCGCCUGUCCGAGCUGCGCUGGCGCAACUCGCUGUGCCCGCCGCAUCUCAAGAGCUCCUACCCCGCCGAGACUCAGUUCCAGCCCGUGGCCGAUGAGGAAGACAUCAAGGCAGUAAGACCCCGCCGCCUGUCCGAGCUGCGCUGGCGCAACUCACUUUGCCCGCCGCAUCUCAAGAGCUCCUACCCCGCCGAGACUCAGUUCCAGCCCGUGGCUGAUGAGGAAGACAUCAAGGCAGUAAGACCCCGCCGCCUGUCCGAGCUGCGCUGGCGCAACUCGCUGUGCCCGCCGCAUCUCAAGAGCUCCUACCCCGCCGAGACUCAGUUCCAGCCCGUGGCCGAUGAGGAAGACAUAAAGGCAGUAAGACCCCGCCGCCUGUCCGAGCUGCGCUGGCGCAACUCACUUUGCCCGCCGCAUCUCAAGAGCUCCUACCCCGCCGAGACCCAGUUCCAGCCCGUGGCCGAUGAGGAAGACAUCAAGGCAGUAAGACCCCGCCGCCUGUCCGAGCUGCGCUGGCGCAACUCACUUUGCCCGCCGCAUCUCAAGAGCUCCUACCCCGCCGAGACCCAGUUCCAGCCCGUGGCCGAUGAGGAAGACAUCAAGCUGCGCUGGCGCAACUCACUUUGCCCGCCGCAUCUCAAGAGCUCCUACCCCGCCGAGACGCAGUUCCAGCCCGUGGCUGACGAGGAGGACAUCAAGGUGAGCGAUUGUGGACUCUCUCUCCUAGGCAACCCCCGCCGCCUGUCCGAGCUGCGCUGGCGCAACUCACUUUGCCCGCCGCAUCUCAAGAGCUCCUACCCCGCCGAGACGCAGUUCCAGCCCGUGGCUGACGAGGAGGACAUCAAGUUCAGCCUGGGCAACAUGAGCUCGCUGGGGCGGCAGCACCGCAAGGAGGUUGGCAUCACCGCCUACAAGAAGCCGGGCCCGCCCACGCCCAGCAAGAACGCGGGAAGGCUCUCCGCUACGGAUUCCGAGUUGCGCGAGUCGUUGCGCGUGGAAGCCGAGCCGCAGCCCUCCCGCAAAACUAGCACUCCGUCGCGGCUUCGCUCGCUUUUCCGCUCCAAUAAAAACGAUACCGCCGAAGGCACACCUCGCAGCAGGAGAUUAAGUAUUUUCCGGAAAAAGUAAAGGAUAAAAUAGUAAUAUGAUGUUAACAAAAUUAUUAAAUACAUUCAUUAAUUUAUUCUUUUAAA